CAGUUAAUUUAUUUUUAAUUAUUUUCACGUAUUAUAAUUUACACAAAACUCGUGGCUAUAAUUAUUUUUAUUAAUUUUACAUCUUUGUAACAAGAUUCAUGAUAUUUUGCCUUGUUUUAUCAAGUUUAAAAUAAUAUCUGAGCGUAUGUGUGAUAUUAUUAAUAAUUUUAACUAAGUAAAUAUUGGUGUGUUUGGUAUUGAUGUUUUAUUGAUGAUACCUAAAUUGAGGAGAAGUUUAUCCUCAGUUUGUGAGCCUUCCAUAAACUUUUUUUCCUUAUUUCCUAUAAUUUUUAGCUUUUCUUCCCUUGUUUCAACCUAUUCACUAAAGAACCUUUCUUAUAUUUUUUAUUAUUUUGUUUAUUUUCAGCUAUUUGUUGUAGUAUUGGCAUUUUUGACCUAUUUUGGUACUUUUUUUCUAAUAAAACUGUUGAAACUCAGAGGACUAGUUAGUAAUAAUCUUAACAAUGAAACUGAUGAAAAGGUUCCCGAGCCAGGAGCGUUGGUUGGCUGUGUUUUAUACAUUUUAUCGAUGAUUUUUGUUCAAUUAUUACUCGGAGAUAAAUGUGGAAAAUACUUUAAGGUUAACCCUGGACUUGCGUCUAUAGUAUUAAUGACUCUACUGGGACUAAUAGAUGACGUGUUAUUACUUAACUGGUUUAGUAAAAUUGCAGGCCCCGUUUUAGCAUCUUUGCCACUGUGUUUGGCUUACUGUGGAACUAAAAUUGGCAUUUUAGAAUAUUUACCAAAACCAAUUAACAGUGGGUCAUAUGUUAAACUGCUGAGUUGUUUUUAUAUCGCAAUUCUAACAGUGUUUUGCGCUAAUUCUAUAAAUAUAUACGCCGGGAUUAAUGGGCUGGAACUUGGCCAAUCUCUUGUCAUGUCACUUUUCAUUCUGAUUUCAAAUUCACUGAGUUCUGGUGUAAAAUAUGGAGAAUUUGGAAUGAAUUUGGAGAAGAAAAUUUAUGUACUAUACCUCACAAUGCCUUUUAUCGCGAUAAAUAUAGCAUUGAUUUGUUUCAACUGGUACCCGGCCAAGUUAUUUGUAGGGAAUGUUUACACACUAUUCUCGGGAACGUUUUUCUCUGUCGUAUUAAUAAUGAGUAACAUGUGUGAAAUGGCGCCAUUUAUCUUUCUGCCUCAACUAAUUAACUUUUUACUAUCAAUUCCACAGCUGUUAGGUUUCAUACCGUGUCCAAGGCAUAGAGUUCCAAGAUUUAAUGGAAGGACGAAAAAACUGGAGAAUUCAAAGAAUUUAACAUUACUUAAUUUGUUUUUAUUGGUUUUCGGCCCUAUGGAGGAGGAAAAGUUGUCUUUGUUUCUGAUUGCAUUUCAGAUAUUUUGCGGAGUUUUGGGCCUAAUUGUAAAAUACGGAAUAAUUAAACUAGUUUAAUGUGAAUGCUUUUUACACCAUAACAAUUAUUGUGUAAGAUAAAACCCG